ACUGCCCAUCCACUCUGACCACAGCCAGGGGCCACAUCCCACUGCCUGCCCAGCGUCCAUCCAUGGAGGUGACCACCGUGUCCCCAUCUCCCACCUCACCCACUGAAGGGGACAAUCUCUGUGACAUAGAUGUCACCGACGUGGCCAUACACAGUGUGACCCUGCUCAUCAGCCUCUGUGGGCUGGUUGGGAAUGGGGCUUUCCUCUACCUCUUCGGCCUGAAAGAGCGUGACAUUGGGGUCUUUAUCGUGGAUCUUCUUGGCUUCCUCUUUCUGCUCUUCACAGUCCCCUCCACCAUCCUCUUCCUGGUGGAGGACGUGUCCUGCUCUCCUAUCAUGCCCCUGCCGUACUUGAGUUUCCUUUUCCAGUUCUCAGUGGUCUCCAGCUACUGGGUGCAGUUCCAGCUGAUUUUGCUUGGCAAUAUAAUCAGUAUGGAAAAGUUCUGCAAGUUCUGCCCCUGCGACCUUCCUGAGCGCCUGAUGUGGUUGGUGGUCACUGUCGUAUUCUGGGCCUUCUUUGCUCUCUUCACUUUCAUUCCUGCCAUGACAAACCUGUGCCCAUCACACCAGCAGGAGCACUGCAGGUCAGCUCUCAUCUCUGUGUACACCCUCAUCCUGCUCCUCUUUGCUGGACCCAUGGUCAUUUUUGACACAAUCGACUUCAUUAAGGCCAUGUGGGGCUCCAAGAAGCUGAAAUCAAAGAUGCACAACAUUGUUCUCUUCCUCAUUGUGCUCUUCAUUCUCGGUCUCAGCUUCUGCAAUUUCCUGCAGCAGCUCGGCUACACCGUUGUGUCUUCUCAAGUUCUUUUCCUGCUCAACUGCAUCCCCAGCAGCAUCAAACCCUUCACCUACGACUUGGUGAUCAGCUGCUGGGACAUCUCCUCCCUGAAAAACUUCCUGCUCUCCUUCCGGAGGUACAUUGAUGAGCUGGAAGAAGAAGAUGCCCACAGCAAUGAGGACUCCAUGGACACAGGGGUCUGAGCCUGGUGAUCCCUUCCCCUGCUCUGCUGAAGGACCCUGGCAGAGUGGCUCAGGCUUUCCUUGAGCCACCUGAUCAAGAAAUACCCACAGGAUGCCCCUCCCUGUGGUGCUGUAUUCCUGCAGGAGAAGGCAGCAGGGGCAGUGCCGUGGGUGAUUUUUGAGGGAUGCUCUGCAGGGAGCUCAUUGGAGCAUGGCUUUCCUCCUCCCUCCUGGAUGCACAUGGCUCCAGGCAGAGCAGCUGGGCUCAGUUCUGUUCCCCAGCUCUAUUCCCCAGGGAAAGAUCCUCCUUGCCUCAGCCCCAGGGAAUGAACUCCAUCUCCUCUGGCCACACACUGCAGUUUCCUGGUGUUUUCAGGGACCUCCUGCCUGCAAAGAAUGGGACACCCUAAGGCCUGCGGACACACCCAGCACGGGGUGCUGCUCAUUUCCCCAAUCCCUGCAGGGCUGGUGCCUCUGGAUGGCAGGAGAGGGCUUGGGAUCACAGGGAGCAUCCUUCCCCUUCUGUCUGGCAGAGCUGGCCCUGCAUUCCCAGCUGAUGGGGAGAGACACCAGGAAGGGCUGCAGAGCUGGGCAGGCACAGCAACAUUCCCUUCUUCUUUCAGGGGGAAUUUGUCACAUUCUUGAAUUCCAGAAUUCAGUCGUUCUGAGUAAAGGGCAGGGUCGAUGGUGAACUCCACUAAACCCUUGUGCCUGUGAACAAAUGGAAUAUGGAAUAUGGAAAUUCCCAACCCCAGAUGCUUGGACCACUGAAUUUCACAGGAAUUAGGGGGUUCUGCUGCCGUUCUGCAGAACGGGGCCAUCCUGUGGUUCCCAGCAUCCAAGUCCAAGGAAGCCCUGGAGCACCUCCAUCCUCAACCUGCCCACCCUGGGGAGGAGCUGCACAGCGACUCUGCACAGCAGCUUCAGCCAAAAUCCAUCUUGUUCUGAUGUUUGUCAACUUGUAACUUCUACUAAAUUGAGUUUGCAUUUAUGUCUCUUGUUUGUUUCCAGUGUGAUAACUCCAAUCCCAACAUUUCUUGAAUAAACAACAUCCAGGCUUUGCUACAGAGCCUGUCCCUGGUGAACAGUGUCAAAAAAUUGCUCAUUUCUUACUUCCCACAAUAUUUAUAGCUUUUAAUACCCUGUGGAUGUCUCUUAACUGAUAAAAGGCAUGACCAGGUUCUACCCAGUGAGGGGGCUCUGAUGAAGUGGAAGGAGAAGAGUCUGACCUUGUUUCCUCUCACAGCCUGGAGAACUUCCCCACACUGCACUCCCAUCACCCCACACACCCCAGCUGCUGUCCCUGGGUCAGGAUCUUCAGGAGUUCCCUGCAGUGGUCACUUGGGAAAGGGCAGCAAAGCCCCUGGGCUGAGCCCCAGCAGCGUCCGCAGCGGCUCUGUCCCAGCUCCUGCCACAGCCCC